UUCGCACAUGAGUGGGCGUCCAAAUUCUGCAUUACGUGCGUAGUGUUCUGCUGAGCAAAUUCCACUUUCGCUAAAAAGAAUGAUGGAAAUCGUGUUGGCUACCGAAGCGAAUAUGUGAAAGUAAACAGCACAUUGCAUGGCGAACGACAUUUUCAGAUGUUGAAAAACAUUUCUCAUCUGCAGAAUACUGAAUGAUUCAAGCUUCAUAUAACACAUCACCAUGUCGACCUUUGAGCCCGUCAUUGUACGUUUACCUCUCUGCUCUGCAAGACUACACAUCCGUGUGCAUCCCCCGGCACGCACCGCACCGUCGACCUUCAAUUGCACACAACCUUGUUCAAAACCACAAUGAGGAGCUAACUUUGCCAAAGGUCAUCGACGGCAAGGGCCACCUGCUCGGUCGCCUGGCCAGCACGGUCGCGAAGCAGUUGCUCAAUGGCCAGAAGAUCGUUGUAGUGCGCUGCGAAGCCCUCAACAUCUCCGGCGAAUUCUUCCGCGCGAAGCUCAAGUACCAGGCUUUCCUCCGCAAGCAGACCCGAUACAACCCCACUCGUGGUGGUCCCUUCCACUUCCGCGCUCCUUCCAAGAUGUUCUGGCGAACUGUCCGUGGCAUGAUCCCGCACAAGACUGCUCGCGGUGCCGCUGCCAUGGAGCGCCUCAAGACCUUUGAGGGUGUUCCUCCCCCAUAUGACCACAAGAAGCGCGUCGUCGUUCCCCAGGCGCUCCGUGUUCUCCGAUUGAAGCCCGGACGCAAGUACUGCACUGUCGGCCGUCUCGGACACGAGUUUGGCUGGAAGUACCAGGAUGUUGUCUCUCGUCUUGAGGAGAGGAGGAAAGCCAACGGUGCCGCCUACUACGAGCGUAAGAAGCAGGCACGGAAGCAGUUGGCUCAGGCCCAGAAGGAGGCCAAGGUUGACGACAAGGUCAAGGAGCAGCUCGCUUCUUACGGUUACUAG